CUUCAGGAACCAAUGUUUACGAUUAAUCAUAACGAAACGAUUCUGUUGGAACCUUGGCUUUCAGUCGCCGGCUUUGCAGAUCUGUAAAGAAAUUUUGUAAUUAUUGUAAGUUUAAUGAGUACAACCAUCUGUUAGGUUACACUGUUUAUGACCUUGCACAAAAAUGUUGAAACGGUUGUCGUCGAGAUUGUGGGUUAGCGGUAAUGUUCGAAGUAUGUAUCAUUUAUCUAGAGUUAAAGAUAUAUCAUGUGGGAAACGUAAGGAUGGUGAACAACUUCAAAUGAAGGGUUGGAUCAAAUCAAUUCGCAGAAUGAAGGACAACAUAUUUCUGGACAUGAACGAUGGCAGUUGUUCGACGAAUAUCCAAUUGGUUGUAGGCAAAUCACAACUUCAAGACGUUGCUUACGGCUCAUCUGUAGACGUGUGCGGAAUCCUAGCCCGAACAGCGAGAAAUCAGCUCGAGUUGAAGGUGGACAAGCUCCAAGAACUUGGUAAUUGUCCCCUGUCCGAAGGUUAUCCGUUCUACCCGAAAAAAUCGUACCCACCGGACUACAUUCGCAAUUAUUUACACCUGCGUCCACAGACCAGCUCGAUAAGUUCCAUGCUUCGUGUGAGGCAUCACGCGAGCAAGUACUUUAACGAUUAUCUUGACAGAGAGGGAUACCUUCAAAUUCACACUCCGAUUAUCACGUCCAAUGACUGCGAAGGAGCGGGCGAGGCUUUCAUAGUGAAACCAGCAAACGACCAGUUAUUACAGAAUAUAGCAAAAAAUAAUCUUCCAAUUGAAGAGCGUUACUUUGAUCGUAAAGCCUUUUUAACGGUUUCGGGACAACUUCACCUGGAGGCGAUGUGUCAUGGAUUAGGGAAAGUUUAUUGUUUUGGGCCGACAUUCCGAGCAGAGAACUGCAAAUCGCCGAUUCACUUGAGCGAGUUUCAUAUGUUGGAACUUGAGGAAGCAUUUCUGGACUCGUUGGAAGAAUUAUCCUAUAGAAUUGAAUCAUUGGUAAAGUUCGUUACUAAAUCGUUGCUGGAUAUUGUCCCAGAAGAUGUGGCUCUAGUAAGAAAACUGACAACACCGCUUGGUAUCGAAGAAAGUUUUGCGUGGCUAGAGAAGCCUUUCCUAAGAAUAAGUUACAAAGAAGCGAUUGACGUGCUUCAACAAAAUCAAUCUCGAUUGAAAGGAGCAGUUCUGCCGGAACACGGAAUAAAUAAAGAACAAGAAUUGUUCCUUGUCAGCCAUUAUCAGGCUCCAGUUUUUGUUCUCAGUUGGCCAAAAGCGAUAAAAUCAUUCUAUAUGCGAGAAUGUCGGCAUGAUGCAAACUUGGUGGAUGCGCUGGAUUUUCUCGUCCCCCAUGUGGGAGAGCUGGCAGGGGGUAGCAUUCGCGAGGACAAUUAUGACAAGCUGGAAGCAAAGCUUCCAGACCAAGAAUCGCUUCGAUGGUAUCUCGAACUGCGCAAAUUUGGAUCAGUCACUACCGGUGGUUUCGGGCUUGGACUGGAGCGAUACCUUUCCUGGGUGCUGAAUGUGCACAACGUAAAAGAUGUGAUACCAUUUCCACGUUGGGCGCAUAAUUGUUCGAUGUAGAAUGAUAAUAAAUGUAACUAUUAGGUAGCAAUCAACAUAA